AUGGCAGCCCAGCAAGAGACGCUACAAAACGAUCGGUUCUAUACACUCCACGACGUCGUGGCUCAGACUCAGUCGGAGCAGCAGAUUCAGUCGGAGCAACCGGGUAACCAAGGGUCAUCAUCCCUCGGAGUGCACGGUACCUCAGCCCGAACGAACGGGAGCGUCGGACCAAGGUUUCCGUCGUCAGACCUACGGGCAACCUACACGUGGUUCCGGCACCAGCGGCAUGGAGUGUUACUCGUGUGGCAAGCCUGGGCAUCUCAGCCGAGAAUGUCCACAGCGAAACCGAACCUCGUUAACUACCCCGCAAAUUGUGGCGGCCAUCCAGGCUAUGGUUGCCUCCGGUUCUCAAGACAACUCGCCGGGGAUCAGGACCAAGCCGCCGGACGUGGCGUGUACCUGAUCGAACCAAACGAAAUAACAUCCGACGACGAAGACACUCAGCUGACCGAGUCUUAA